GCUUUAUACCUGCAUCCAUUUCCGACGUAGGCGUGAAUAUCACGUUGAUGGCCGACGUCGAGUUCGUUAUCGCCCACUGAAGUUUGAACUGAAGCUUCCGAAUUCACUGAGGGAGAAAACAGAAUCGCGAAAAAACUUGUCUAAUUCAAUGAAUAGCUUGCGUCGACGUUGCAGCUGGCUUCUGCUGCCGAUCGUUGCCAAUAGAAAUAUAAGCACCAAAGCUUCUGUAUCUGCUAAUAAGAUUCAAUGGAGGGCGUAUUUCAGCUUCGGUUCAUCUCCAAUGAGAUUCACAAUCAGAGAAAGCAAAAUUUCUUGCCCAUCUACUCGGCAUCGAUUCUCUUCCUCGCCUUCAUCGAAAUCAGGGAUUGGAUUUGUUGGAUGGUACAUGAGGAAACUCGACACUCGCCCGUUUAUCACUAAAAGUAUCACUUCUUCGUUGAUUUAUGCGGCUGCUGACCUCACCUCUCAGAUGAUUACAUUGCCAUCUCCUGGCUCUUUUGACUUAAUAAGGACAACACGGAUGGCUGCUUAUGGAUUGUUGAUAUUGGGGCCAUCCCAACAUUUGUGGUUUAAUUUUAUGUCUAGGAUCUCACCAUCGCGAGAUUUGUUGUCAACUUUCAAGAAGAUUUUUCUGGGCCAGGCUGUGUUUGGACCUACUAUUACCUCUAUUUUCUUCUCCUAUAAUGCUUCUUUGCAAGGUGAAAGUGGCAGUGAGAUUGCUGCUAGAUUAAAUCGCGAUUUACUUCCAACAUUGUUAAAUGGACUCUUGUUUUGGCCAGUGUGCGAUUUUCUCACGUACAAAUUUGUCCCCGUUCAUCUACAGCCAUUGACAAACAGUUCGUUUGCAUAUAUAUGGACCAUUUAUCUGACAUACAUGGCAAGCUUGAAAGGAGUUGAUAUCAAUUGAAGCAGUAGUAGAUAUGCAGACGCUGAUCUUUUGUUUUCAGGAAUCGAUUCUUUUAUUCCACUGUCUUGUUUGGCAAAAACCUAUCUGAAGCAGUAGGCUUCUCUAUAGUGCUUGGUAAGCCCAAUCCAUUACUUGGCUGGAUUUUCCUUAAACAUGAAUAUGAUUCAGAUGUUUCGUUUACAAAUAUCUGUAAUAGCAAAAGAUGUUUAAAUGAUUCAAUCUGAUUUUGUUGCUGAAAAUGUGACAGAUCUUUUCGCACCAGCAAUUACUCAUUGCCUUUGAUGUGCAUGGUUACUUUAAAUGUAACAGCUCCUUUUAUGUUACUUGUGAAUGGCUCUUAUAAUUCAGAUUUCAACACUUUAAUUGUGGUAUGCUGCUGCCAUACAAAAGAGAGGCCCUUCAAUUCAAGGACUUUUCCCAACUCGCGUGACGGCCUGCAGUGCAUUUGCUGUUUGUUUGGUUAUGUAAUUUUAAUGGCGAUGUGUCAGACUCAUACAGUACUAGCAAUGAAUUUAUAUGUUCUUGGUACGUGAUAUUUAUUCCUCAUACUUUUUGAGCACUCUCUCUUUUAACUUAAAAAAGUUUCAAGAAUUUGAGGGAUCGUUGUAAAAUCUUUUAAGUCAUAUUUCUUGCAAAUGAGUAUGGAA